AUGAAGAGAAGUAAUGAUACUUCUCUCAUUGAAAGCGAGAGAAAAAAGAAAAAAAAUGACUCUCCAACUGGCUUACAAAGCGAUAUCAAAGUUGCUAUUAGCGCAUCCAUCGACUGUAGUGAUCGUGGAGAUGGCAAUGCGCGCGCUUUACAGUUCAAUUUUGCUCAACGCUCGUCUAAAGUAGAUCAGCAACAAGACAGCCAAGUUCAUGCGGUUAAAACAGGUGAGAGCAAUGCGUCAAAUAAAGACAACCGGCCAACUGAUUUCAAAGAGCCAGCUAAAAAUGAAAUAACCACUGAAAUCAGCCAGCUAAUGCCAUCCACCACAAGUGAUAAGUCGACUGCGAACAUGCCUCAAGAUACAAUGCAAUUGAGACAAUUGAUCCUUGAAUUUCGAAAAUCUGAAAUGGAGAAAAUUAAAGCUGUCUUCAAUAGUCGGUUGCAGGAAUUGUUCUUCUUACAGGGUGGGGGAAAUAUGAUGGAUUAUCUUGCUUGGAAAAGACGACCUAAUGAACAGUUAGCGGCUUUUUUAAAAGCCAAUGAAUUUGCUAGUACAACAUCAUCAAUGCUUUCACCUACCACCAAUACUGUUACUGUAACCUACACUCCAAUCAGUAUCGAAUCCCAAAGCAGCAAUUCUAUCAGUACGACUCCUACUGACGGAGAUGACAACAAAUUACAGGAUUUAGAUCAACCUAGUAAUAAUAAUCAAAUAGCUGAAAGGCGUGACAGUGCCAACGGUUUGACGUCGCCGUUACCUAAAUCUCUCCCAUCGGAGACCAAAUUCAAGUCUGAAUUAUCACCUUCCGAAACCAGUGAUUUAGUAGCACAGCGUUCCGACGACAUUGCUAUGAAAGCUAAAAAGGAAGUAGAUAUACUACAUCGAAUUGAUGAACUAAAAAAGCAAGGUUUAUGGUCAGCUAAUCGCUUACCAAGGGCUAGUCUAUUGCCGGUCAACAAAUGCCACCAUAAUUAUUUAAUGGAGGAAAUGUUAUGGCUUUCAAAUGACUUUAUCCAAGAGAAAAAAUGGAAAUUAAACAUGCUUCGAAAGAUAUGUCGAGGUGUGUUAAAGUUUCAUCAAGAUAAGGAAAUGAAGAAGCAACGCGCUAAGAAAGAAGAGCAACAACGUCUUAGACGUAUAGCCACAACACUUGCAAAGGAAGUGAAGCAGUUUUGGUCUCAAAUCGACAAGUUGGUUCAGUACAAAAUUCGAUGUAAGAUCGAAGUUAAGAAGAAGAAGGCGCGUGACUUACAUUUAAAGUUAAUUGUUGGCCAGACAGAAAGAUAUUCUUCCUGGCUAAUGAAAGGCUUAUACAGUAGUAAGCCAAACACAAGUGAAAUUGUGAAAAAUCAAGACGAUGCGGAUUUUAAGCCAGUACAUGAAAGCGAUGAUGAGAUAACAAUUGAACAAGAAGAGCGUCUGAUGAAAUCUGGUGGUAAGGACUACGAAAAUGAAAUUGAAAUGUUAAAAAGGGAAAGCGAAUUGCCGUUAGAAGAUCUAAUUAAGAGUUUGCCUUUGGAAGCCUUCCAGGAUGACAAAAAAACCUCCGAAAACUCGGAUUCAGAAGAUGAAACUGAUAAUAAUUCACUUGCCGAGCCCGAAUCUGAGGAUUGUCAAAAUGAUGACGAUUUUGCUACCUCUGAUCAGGAAGAAGACGAUGAUGAAAUGACAUUGGAAGAGCAAGAAAAUCACGAAUCAGGAAACGUUGAUCAUAAAUCUGAAAUUGAAGAACUAAAGAAAGAUUGUGAAAUGUCUUUAGAUGAUCUGUUAAAAAUGUACGGCGGCACAGCUCCUUGCACUUCCUCAUCUGAUGUUUCAGACAUUUCUGCUGGCAGAGAUGACGACGAUGAUGGUAGUAGCGAUGAGUCCGCUUUUGAAAGUGAUGAAUCUUCUAGUUUGGAAGGUACAAAAUUUCUAAUUGAGAAUGAAGAAGCGUCCGAUCAGGAAAAAGCUGAUUCAAGAGAUUAUAAAAUGGAACUAACUGAGGUUUCUGAAGAGGCCAAAAGUUUUCAACCUACUGGUUACACCCUCUCUACAACAACAGUUAAAACUCCAGUUCCAUUCCUUUUAAAACACCAACUUCGUGAAUAUCAGCAUGUUGGUUUAGAUUGGCUAGUUGCUAUGGAUAAGAGUCACUUAAAUGGAAUAUUAGCUGAUGAAAUGGGAUUAGGAAAGACUAUUCAAACUAUCGCUUUACUAGCUCAUCUUGCUUGUGAACAAUCUUGCUGGGGUCCCCAUUUAAUCAUAGUACCAACCAGUGUAAUGUUAAAUUGGGAAAUGGAACUGAAGAAAUGGUGCCCUGCCUUUAAAAUAUUGACUUACUAUGGAAGCGUAAAGGAAAGAAAGCAAAAACGUCAAGGAUGGACGAAAGUAAACGCCUUCCAUGUUUGCAUUACGUCAUAUAAAUUAGUUUUGCAAGAUCAUUCCUCAUUUAGAAGAAUGAGAUGGCAAUAUUUGGUGUUGGAUGAAGCACAUAAUAUAAAAAAUUUUAAAUCUAAACGAUGGCAAAAGCUAUUAAAUUUUAAUAGUAGAAAUCGAUUAUUACUAACUGGAACGCCGUUACAGAAUAAUUUAAUGGAAUUAUGGUCACUAAUGCAUUUUCUGAUGCCGAACGUAUUUUCCUCACAUAAGGAUUUUAAAGAUUGGUUUUCGAAUCCGUUGACAGGGAUGAUCGAAGGCAGUCAGGAAUAUAAUGAAGAUAUUAUUAAUCGAUUACAUAAAGUAUUAAGACCAUUUUUAUUACGCCGAUUGAAACGAGAGGUUGAAAAACAGUUACCUAAGAAAUAUGAACAUGUAGUAAGGUGUAAGUUAUCGAGAAGGCAGAAAUUUUUGUAUGAUGAUUACAUGUCUCGAACAAAAACGAAGGAAACACUUGCUUCAGGUCAAUUUUUAAGUGUAAUUAAUGUAUUAAUGCAGUUACGCAAGGUAUGUAAUCAUCCAGAUUUAUUUGAAGUACGACCGGUAGUUUCACCGUUAAUAAUGGAAGGUAUUUGUUUCAUAACCGCGUCUUUGGUUGUAAAUGCACUGGAAUAUGGGUACUUCGAUCGAAUAGAUUUACAGAGUAUAGGUUUAUGUUUUACACAUUUGGAUUUUACAACUGAUAGCUUAGCCACAACACGAGGGUAUCAUUUGCAAACACCUAAAAUUAAUAUAGAAAAUGAACUCUUUGAUGAAGAUGUGCAACCCGUUCAAUUUGGGUACCUGAGGCCAGUAAAGAAGAACGAAUUCUUAGAAAAAUUACAUAAAAUUAAAUAUGAUAAAAAGCAUAUACCAAUGCAUCAGAUUUAUAUGACUCAAUCUGAGAUAGCCUUUAAAGAACUACCUAGACCGCAAUCACUGGCACCGAGUUUAGUAUCACCAGUGCUAUCUAUAAGUCCGGAAUUUUUACCACCUGGUUAUGCAGCGAUAGAUACAGAAACUCAUGACAACUCUCAGGUGACGGUGGCCGGUAAAAGCAAUGAAGGGGUUAAUAAAAACACUUAUAACUUACUGAAAGAUAUAUUUAAAGAUGCUGAAUUAAGCGCCAAACGCGAUAAGCAGAGAAAAGACAAGUUACAUCGCAUCGCUAGAAUAAAUGCUCGCUCUUGUGGAAUGCAUCCAAUUAUAGGCAGUGAAUUAGUAGCUACGUUGCGGGAAUGUACGAAAUAUGAUAAUAGUAAAUCAAAGCAAUGGACUCAUUGUACGUAUUCCAAUCAUCCGAAAAGUAUAGAUGGUUCUUUAUUCUGGGAUUACACUAACACUUUAAUAGCUACGUUAAAUGUACGGGAAACAAUGUUGACUCAUCUUCAAGGAACCAUGAACAGGUUUACGAUGUACACGCCAGUUGUGUGUGUGCCACCCAUUGAAUUACAUGCUAGCCAUCCGGCGCCAUCCUAUUUGACUAAAGAAAGUCGACGAAUUGAAAUUUUAAAAUCGGAUCUCAGAAAGCCUUGCUUGGAUUUGCAUACAUCAGCUACCCGUCAGUGUUUCAAUUUUCCUGACAGAAGGCUAAUUCAAUACGAUUGUGGAAAAUUGCAGGCAUUAGAUAUAUUAUUGCACGACUUAAAAGCGAAAGGGCAUAGAGUUUUAAUUUUCACUCAAAUGACGAAGAUGCUAGAUAUUCUUGAAAAAUUUCUGAAUUUUCACGGUCAUGUAUAUUUAAGGCUGGACGGUGCAACACCUGUAGAGCGUCGCCAGAUGCUGACAGAGCGUUUCAACAAUGACAAGCGCGUUUUCUGCUUCGUGUUAUCCACUCGGAGUGGGGGAUUAGGUGUUAAUCUAACCGGUGCGGAUACAGUGGUAUUUUAUGAUAGCGACUGGAAUCCGACCAUGGAUGCGCAAGCACAGGAUCGGUGCCAUCGAAUUGGGCAGACACGUGAUGUUCAUAUCUAUCGACUGAUAUCCGAAUUUACUAUCGAAGAGAAUAUAUUAAAGAAAGCGAACCAGAAACGACUCUUGGGAGGUGUUGCGAUCGAGGAAGGCAAUUUUAAUACUGCCUUCUUAAAGAAGGACCAUAUUCAAGAGCUUUUCAGCGUAGAUCAGCCAACUCAAAACAAACAGUCUUUGGCCACUAUUGAAGAUAUAGAAGAAGAAGUAGCCGUUUCUAAAGAGUUAUCAAAAAAUCAUUUCACUCAAACUGAAUUCGAACAGGCUCUGUUGCUAGCGGAGGAUAAAGUGGAUGCUCAAGCUGCGACACAGGCUAGAGUAGAGCAAGCGGCUGAUCUUGCAGAAUUUAAUGAAAGUGUCCCAUUGGAUACAGAUGGUGCAACAACGAGAUCUGUUUCUGAAGAUGAAGAAACGCUAAAAUUAGAAGAAGAGUUUGUUACGUUACAAAGUCAACUCAACCCUAUUGAAAAGUACGCUGUAAACUUCCUUGAAAAAUCGUUGACUGCGGAAACGAAGCAGCGGAUACAAGCGGCUGAGCAAGCUGUAGCCAUUGCUAAGAAAGAAUGGGAAAUUACACAUAAAGCAGCAUUACAGGAUGUUAAUAGAAGUUCAAGCGAAGAAGCAAAUGAUCUAAUUUUCGCGUCGGAGCUCAGCAAUAAUCAGUUGUUGACAUGGAUGCCACCAACACCACCAGAUGAUGCUGAUGAUAACGGUAGCACGCUAAACGAGCGAUUAAGAGGAUAUCAAAAUUCUACAUUAUCUGAAUCUGAUCAACCACCACCGCAUAAUGCCAGUGGAGUUAGAAGUUUAAUUGUAUCAAUUGCAGAUACAAGGAUGAGAAAGAAGGAUCAAAGAGACUAUAUUCGCCCACCGCGUUCAUUGUUUGAUCGUAAAUAUGUGACUGGUGGAGAUAAUCGAUACGUGAGUAGGAAAGUUAAAGGAAAGUUAAAUAAACCACCAUUACCUCUGAAUGUAAGACAGACAGAAACCAAGCCAUUUCCCGAUUGGGCUAUUGCUGAUGAUUGGGCGUUACUGCAGGCGAUACGUACUAUCCUAGACCUUCCACUCAGUUUAACUGUUUCGUAUCCUGCCCAUAACAUCAAUUGGGAUCUCAUUAGUAAUGUUGUCAGUUCAUCUGGUCAGAUUUACAGAUCUCCGCGGCAGUGCCGUGAACGUUUCUUCAACACUCUUCAGCAACGGGAAGAGGGCAAGGUAAAAGUGAAUAAAGGCUUACAGACACAUCAAUUGAUAUCUCAGGAUAAGGGGCGGACUCAAGUUGGUGGAUAUAAUGGAGUUUUUGAUAUGGUAAAGCGAAUUGGUAAUAAGAGGAAACCAACAUUACGACAGAUGCUUGUCAUUUCGCAUCAUAAAAAUUCUAAACAUAUCGAAUCAUUAAAGAAAAGUGUUACUACCACGAGCACAAUAACGCCUAUACAACUAGCAGCUAAAAGAGUUGAACGGCUUACGAAAGAAAAGGUUCAACAGCAGCAAUUAUCACACUCACAACAAACUUCGCAGCAACCAUCAUGGAGUUCAAAUCUUGGUGCUACAACUGCUUCGACUGCUACCAUUAGGCCUAUAUCACUAACAACAACCACUUUAAAUAGCCAAGUAAAAGCCACUACAGCGAAUAUUACGGCUAGUUCUGGAGGAAGAGUAAACACAACUAUAAUUCAGCAAUCUCAUCCUGCUUCAACUACGGUUGCAUCAACACAACAUAAAACCACUGCUAGCUCAGCUCAACAAUCUCAUCAAGUCAUAGGAAAAGGGCAAGUUACUACGACUGUAACUACUGUUACCGGUCGCUCUGUCUUGACAACUAUCCCAAUUGCGGCAACAUCACAACAGGUUGGAAGAUCAAUACAAGUUCCUGGCAGUAACAGAGGUUCAGCUGCUCAAACGCAACUUAUGCAGAAGUAUACCCCAGCUCAGUUAAGACUCCUACGAGAGAAAGCUAUGCAGUCUCCGACCGUGCAGCAACAAUUACAAGCUAAGCAAAUGACUUCACAGCCAUUGCCAGAUCCCCCGACUAAAAGGCCACAAACACCGAUACUACAGCAAAAACUCCAACAAGGGCAGCCCCCGAAAACGCAACCAUCGUCAGCUGCAAUUGCCGCAGCUGCCGCAGUGAAACAAGCUCAAAAAAUUCAAGCGCAACAUAAAGCGGGAUUAUCGCAGCAAUUAACUGCAUUUACACAACAAGGUGGAAGAUCGCAAUCACAAGCUGGGCAGCUUCCGAUUACAAGUAUGCGUAUUUCUCAACAGAAUAUACCUCAACAUCACAGUCAGUUAAAACAGCAACAGUUAUUGAAGCAAUCACAGGUGCAAAGCUCUCAAAAUAGCGCUCAGAUAAUCAAAAUUCAGCAGUUGCAGCUGCAAAAGCUUCAGUCAAAAACGCCAUUGUCUUCACAGUCUCAACAAACUCAGCAGCGGCAGCCAUUACAAACGCCUUCGCCACAACAUAAGCAAACGACUGUACAGCAAAUAUCAAGAGAGCCAUUGCCUGUGAGUAGCGAACUAUCGGCAGUAGCAUAUGCUAGUUUUUUGCUAUUCACCGAAACUCAUUUAAAAUUUCUAUAA